UAAAUCAUUUUGCAGAUCAAUAUCGGUAAGUAAUGUUACUCUGAUUCAUUUUAAAGUAUUAGUCCAUGAUUGUGAUGAUUACAUUUCAAGUCCAGAUCUGUUGUAAAAGAAAAUUGAAUUUUCUUGAAAGAUAGGGCAAUCGGGAAAAUAAAAUUAUAUUAUAUUUUAGAGAUAUUAGAUAUUGUGUUAUGGCUGAAGGUGGAAUUAGAAGUGAUGUAAAGGUUGCCAUUCUAACAGUGGCACACGGCAAUUUUUUGUUUGAUGAGGAUGAGGAUGAAGUAGAUGUAAAUGUUAAUGAGAAGGUCGAGAAUUUUGCUGAACUGAUUGUGCCUCAGUACUCUGACAAACAGUUUCAGCAACACUUCAGAAUGAAACCGAGUACAUUUGAAGAUUUUCUGCAGAAAUUAAGCCAUGUGUCUCAUAAGUCUGUUGGUCCAGGGCCUCCAGAAAUUAAGAUUGAAAAGCAGGCAAUGAUCACUCUUUGGUGUUUGGCCAACAUGGAAAGUUUUCGCUCUGUAGGAGAUAGAUUUGGGGUGACCAAAUCCACCUGCUGGGAGGUGUUAUAUCGGACAUGCCACAGAAUACUGGCAACGAAUGAAAUUUUCAAAAUAAUCUGCUGGCCAACAGGGGAGAGAGCAUUAUCAAUAAUGCAGUCUUUUCAAGCACUCAGUGGAUUAAAUGAAUAGGACUACCUCGGCGGGUACCGAGGUUUUAAUUGUUUUAUAGGUUUCUCGUCUUCGAGUCUCAACUCGGAACUAUGAAAAAUUUGUUUCUUGAGGAUGGACGAAGGGUUUGGCAACAGAAUCCACGAAGGAUUCUCUUCUUCUUUUCCGGGCUUAGUAAUCUUAGUGAAAUAAUACGUACAUAUCCUCAAGAUAACUACCUAG